GACUACACUUUUAUGGAUCUGAAGGCCCAAUCAUAAGCCCAAAUUAGUUGGAUAAAUGAACAAAGAAACUAGAUUACAAAUGAGGGCCCAUAUUUUUAAUUAAUUGCAGUUUGCUCUUCUCCGUUUCUCUCCGGCUAAACCCUGAUAGGAACUAAGAUUGUCUAGCUGCGCUUUUGGUGUUGAGGGGAUUUCUUUUAGCUGACGAAAUGGUUGGCUGGCAACGGCAUCUUCAGUGCAUACUUCGUCAGGCUGAAAAGAGAUAUCAACAAAAUCGAACUGUUCCUUUCAAUUCAUUGUUUCACUCUAAGGCAACUCCAGUCCUUGGUGAGGCGCAUCAUUUACCAAGGCUGCAGAAUACACUUCCCCCUUGCAUCUCAAGGCCAUUGUACCAAUAUCUACAACAUCUGGGGUUGUCUGGUUCAAGGACAUUAUCAGCUGACGCAACACCAAUUUCUUCUCCGUUAACACCACUGUUAACAUCUACUGGAAGUACUGAAGCAGAGAAAGCAGCUUCUAAACCUUCAAAAGUUCAAGCAGUUUUGAAGGGUAUAAAACAGAGCCCAAAGAAGGUGAACUUGGUUGCCGCAUUAGUUCGUGGAAUGCGUGUUGAAGAUGCAUUGCUACAGUUGCAAGUGACUGUAAAACGAGCUGCCAAAACUGUCUAUCAGGUCAUACACUCAGCUCGGGCAAAUGCAGUGCAUAACCAUGGAUUUGAUCCGGAUCGUCUUAUUGUUGCUGAGGCAUUUCUUGGGAAGGGGCUUUAUAAGAAAAGGUUGUCCUACCAUGCCAAAGGAAAGUGUGGACUGAUGAUGAGGCCAGUAUGUAGACUGACAGUGGUAGUUAGGGAGAUAACACCGGAGGAGGAGGCCGAGAUAGCUAAGUUGAGAGUACACAACUUCAAAAAGCUAACCAAACGCGAAAGGCGUCUUGUCCCUCAUAAGCUCAUUGAGACUACUCCAAUAUGGAACCGCAAGAGCAGAGCUAGAAGUAGUGGAGCAGGUGCUGUCGCUGAAUGAGCUACGAGCUCGCUGUAGUUCAUUUUUUUGUUAGAAACUUAUGCAAUCACAUAAAGAUCAGUGGUUGAUGAAAAUCCAUUGCAUCUCAUCACAUUUCUUUUUUGGAAGAGCUGUAACUUUAAGUUAAUCCCUGGUUUCUGUUUUCUUUUUGUAAGGUAACUUGCUCUCCUUUAUUUAACUUUGUUGAAGUGCCUCAA